AAGGGAGAGGUGUGGGGAGCUCUGCUUCAGCUGUGGGGCCUCAGGAGGCAGGACUCAGGGAUGACCUCCACCAUGGCCUGGGCCCCUCUCCUCCUCACCCUCCUGGCUCACUGCACAGGAUCCUGGGCCCAGUCUGUGCUGACUCAGCCAUCCUCAGUGUCGGGGUCCCUGGGCCAGAGGGUCACCAUCUCCUGCUCUGGAAGCAGCUCCAACAUUGGGGGUAAUGGUGUAGGGUGGUACCAACAGCUCCCAGGAAAGGCCCCCAAACUCCUCAUCUAUGAUAAUAGCAACCGACCCUCAGAGGUUCCAGACCGAUUCUCUGGCUCCAGGACUGGCAGCUCAGGCUCCCUGACCAUCACGGGGCUGCAGGCUGAGGACGAGGCCGACUAUUACUGCUCAGCAUGGGACAGCGGUCUCAGUGGUGCCACAGUGCUCCAGGCCUGUGGGGAACAGAAGCCAGGGAGCCCUCCCCGGUACCUGCUGUACUACCACUCAGACUCCAUUAAGGGCCAGGGCUCCGGGGUCCCCAGCCGCUUCUCUGGAUCCAAAGACGCCUCGGCCAAUGCGGGGCUCCUGCUCAUCUCGGGGCUGCAGCCUGAGGACGAGGCUGUCUAUUACUGUCAGAGUUGGGUGAGCGAGCUGGACGGUGGCUGGAUGCUGAGCUGCUCCAGGAAGGAUGCGGGCGCCUGGGUCUCUGGGGGAGACGCUCUCACAGCUGACGCCACUCGGGCCCAUGGGGCUUCCGACCAGCUCACCCUGGACCCGACUGCAAAAAUGUGA